AUGGCAAAGAAUAAAAAAAGUAGAGACAAGAAGAGCAAAAGGAGAAAAAAAGCUGUGGCUUUUCCAGCAACAGAUAAACACUCUGACAAAUCUUAUUGUCCUGCGGUAACUCAUUUGGAUGGAGCUGAAGGCUCAAAAGUUAAACCCCUCAAGGCAGCCAUUUCAUCUCCUAACCAAGUCCCCGCUAAGCAAGAUGGAUUGCAAGAAGUCCGACUUGCUCUGGAGUGUUUACAGGAUGGCCCUAGGCCCCAAAAGCAAGAACUGGAAGAAAUCAACAUAGCCUCUGAAGGAGAACCCAGGCGUCCUAUCUUCAUUUGCAAAGAUCUUCUAGCAAAACAAAGGGGGCCCCUCAUCGAGUUGAUCAGGAAAUAUUCGGACGUUUUCGCAUGGACAUAUGAAGAAAUGCCAGGAUUAGACAAAGAUGUUACCAUGCAUCGUUUGAACGUCAUCCCCUUGGCUCGCCCAGUUAAGCAAGGAGUAAGAUUUUAUAAGCUCGAGGUGGAGCUCAACAUCAAGGACGAAGUGGUGAAGCUGCUUGGAGCAGGGUUUAUCAAACCCAUCCAAUAUCCCACCUGGCUUUCUAGUAUCGUCCCAGUUAUCAAAAAGAAUGAUCAAAUUCGAGUGUGCGUCGAUUUCAGAGAUCUAAACAAAUCUUGCCCCAAAGAUGAGUUCCCACUCCCAAACAUAGAUACCUUGAUUGAUUCAGCGGCGGGGCACCAUAUGUUCUCAUUCAUGGAUGGCUUCAGCAGCUAUAACCAGAUCAAGAUGGCCCCAGAGGAUGCCCCAAAGACGGCGUUUCGCACUCUUAUAGGUAACUUUUUCUAUACUGGGACACGCGUGUCCCAAUCUGGACACGCCAUGGACACGGCGAGAAGAGUAACUGAAAGGGGGAAAACGAGAACAAACCUGGUCGGCGACGAUCCAGAGCCCUUCGACUUCGAUUGA